AUGAUGCCUGACGAAAAUUCAAGCUUGUCCACACCAAGUUCAAGCGCAUUAUACAAAGACCUCAGGAAAGAAUAUGAAUCUCUUUUCACCUUGAAGGAAGACUCUGGUCUGGAAAUUUCACCGAUAUUCAAUGUUCUUCCACCGAAGAAGGACUAUCCCGACUAUUACGCAGUGAUCAAGAAUCCCGUAUCUUUCAAUACUUUGAAGAAGCGUAUCCCGCACUAUACAGAUGCUCAGCAGUUUAUGAACGACAUUGUACAGAUACCUUGGAAUGCCAAAACCUACAAUACAAGAGAUUCAGGAAUCUACAAAUACGCGUUAGUCCUUGAAAAAUAUCUAAAAGGCACAAUUUAUACAAACUUAAAGGAAAAAUAUACAAACUUAGAGUAUCCUGACUUGGGUCCAUUGCCCGAUGAACCAGGCUAUGAAGAGUUCCAAGAGAAAUUGAGAAAAAAGGCAGAGGAAGCAGCGAGAGCUAGUGCGGCUAGAGCUUCAUCCAAUUCUUCAUUGAACUCCAGCGAAGCGGCCAGAAGAUUAAGAAAAACUCGUACUGCCUCUGUUAAACGAGAAUCUGAGCCAGGGACGGAUACGAAUAACGAUGAAGAUUAUGAAGCCACGGAUAUGGACAUCGAUAACUCGAAAGAUUCCGAUUUUCCUGAAUUAAUCAGAAAGCCACUAAUAAACAUUAAUCCAUAUAACCGGAAACCUCUAAGAGAUAAUAGGUCCACCACAUCAUCCCAAUCGGGUACCCCUCAACCAUUGGGCUCAAGGCAUAGGCAGGUUUCGAGAACUCAAGUAAAACGUGGGAGACCCCCAAUUAUUGAUUUGCCCUAUAUUCAAAGAAUGAAAAAUGUCAUGAAAGUCUUGAAAAAAGAGGUACUGGAUAGUGGAUUUGGCCUAACAGAUCUCUUUGAAAGACUACCUGAUAGACACAAGGAUGCGAACUACUAUGUCAUGAUAGCUAAUCCGAUUAGCCUCCAAGAUAUCAAUAAAAAGGUUAAGACUCGUCGCUACAAAACAUUUCAAGAGUUUCAGAAUGAUUUUAAUCUUAUGUUGACCAAUUUUAGAAUUUCACAUAGAGGUGAUCCUGAAAGUAUAAAAAUAUCAAAUAUCUUAGAAAAAACAUUUGCCAAUUUAGCAAGAUUCGAAUUAUCCAAACCUGAUAGAAGUUUCAUUCCAGAGGGUGAGUUGAGAUAUCCAUUAGAUGAAGUCACUGUAAAUAAUUUAUCAUAUCACGUGGGAGACUGGGCACUUCUCCGAAACCAAAAUGACCCCCAAAAGCCCAUAGUUGGUCAGAUUUUCAGAUUAUGGAAAACCCCAGAUGGGAAACAAUGGCUGAAUGCCUGUUGGUACUAUAGACCAGAACAAACCGUGCAUAGAGUGGAUAGACUAUUUUACAAAAACGAGGUAAUGAAAACGGGCCAGUACCGUGAUCACCUAGUAUCGAACUUGGUCGGGAAGUGUUAUGUGAUCCAUUUCACAAGAUAUCAACGUGGUAACCCCGAUAUGAAAUUAGAGGGCCCAUUAUUCGUUUGUGAAUUCCGCUAUAAUGAAUCAGAUAAGAUUUUCAACAAGAUUAGAACUUGGAAAGCCUGCUUGCCAGAGGAAAUUCGUGAUCUAGACGAAGUCACCGUCCCAGUAAAUGGUAGAAAAUUCUUCAAGUAUCCUUCUCCUAUCAGACAUCUUUUACCUGCAAAUGCAACGCCACAUGAUCGCAUUCCCGAACCGACGAUGGGAUCUCCUGAUGCCCCUCCAUUGGUCGGAGCCGUUUACAUGAGAGCCAAGAUGGAACGUGAUGAUUUGGGGGAAUACGCGACAUCAGAUGACUGUCCAAGAUAUAUCAUCAGACCUAAUGAUUCCCCUGAAGAUGGCCAAGUGGACAUCGAAACAGGCACCAUUACCACGAACACUCCGACGGCGAAUGCUCUUCCGAAAACAGGCUACUCAAGUACCAAACUGGCCAAUUUGAGAUAUAGCAGGUCUUCCAUGUCAUCAGACAACCAAAAUCCCCUUGGUCAACAACAAAUACCGCUAUCAAGAGUUGGUUCUCCAGGUGCAGGAAGUCCGCUUACUGUACAAGGUUUAAAGCAACAUCAAUUACAGAGAUUACAGCAGCAGCAACAUCAGUACCAGCAACAGAAAAGAUCUCAGGCAUCACGUUACAACAUCCCAACCAUUAUCGACGAUUUAACAUCACAGGCAUCAAGAGGUAAUUUGGGAAGUAUAACCGUUGAUGCUGCCUCUUCGUUUGUCUUGCCUAUUUCGAUAACAAAAAACGUGGAUGUUUUACAGCGUACGGACCCACAUAGUCAAACCAAGAGAUCUGGAAGAGAAGAGAUGUUCCCAUGGAAAAAGACGAAGGGCGAAAUAUUAUGGUUCAGAGGACCUAGUGUAAUAGUAAAUGAACGAAUAAUAAAUUCAGGUGAUUCACAUCUAAAACAAUCAUUGAACAGAUGGACCAAUACCAACAAAAAGAGAAAACUGGAAUACGAAGAAGCUGAGGAAACUAUAGAAGAUAUGACUGAAAAUGACGAAAAUGAUGAUUCCGUGGAACCAGACGUGGAAAAUGAAAGACAAUCCUUACCAGGCCCAUUUGUCCUUGGUUUGAGACCCUCGGCUAGGUUCACUGCGCACAGGCUUUCUUUGUUGCGGUCUCCUUCGUCAUCUUCAUGA